ACAGCUUUGCCUUUUUUUUUCUCGACUCGCUGAAGUGAGCGCCACAUUCGAGUGCGAGUGCGAAGUCUCGAGCUGCUUCCGUUCUGUGAAUGACGUAGCUUUGAAGCUGCUGUGAACUCUUCUAGCUCUGGACUCUGGAGUGCUGGUCUCCGUAACUCGCAUGGACUUACGUCCAUGAAUUGAUCGGAAGUCCGCCCACAAUUUGAAAGCAUGGACGACGAGGACGGUUCCGACUAUGGCGACGAACCGAUGGAGUUGGAGGAAGAGGUUCGUCUGGAGCGUGGAGAUCCUGAAGAUGAAGAAAUGGAGACGGAACUGUCAAAUGUACCCGCAGCGACUUUGGCCCUAGAUAUUUUGAAUGACGAAACGACAAGACUGGCAGCUGGACUUGCAUCUCAAGAUGGAGACUUAUUGGCAGCAAUUGCAGCCAUGCAAAAAGCAGUAACGGGAAAAGACGGAGAAAACGUCCUAGUCUCAUACGUUCUGGCAUCACCACAAUGUGUAGAGCUUAUGAAUAUAUGGCAGGCGGGCUCAGGUUCUGCAACCGCUGUUCCACUUAUGCAACUCCUCUAUCAUAUGUUCAGACACACUCUAGGAAAAGUAGAUGGGUAUGUGGUGAACAGAGAUAGCGAUUCGCAGAGGAGGUUCAUGAUCGUGAAUUUAAGACUUGACAAACUAGCUCGAUCUAUUGUACGCAACCGGAUGAAGGAUAUAUACUCACACUUGUCAUCAAGCCAGAGAAGUAGACAAAAUGCAGGCUUGCUGCUCCUGUCAGCCAUGGUGCUUCGAGGUAGAACCCUUGGUACUGAGAUUGCGACAACAUUUGAUUUUACUCUCGAAGCUUUGAAGAAGUUAGCGCGUUCUUCAAAGAAUCAAAAGUCUGAUUUUCAGCAUGAUAUGAUGUUCAAGCGCCCCACAAGGUAUGCUUUGGUGGAAUUCGCCAUGUCUUUCUUGGAAGUUGGAGAUCCUGGUUUACUGAGAUGGAUCCUUCAAAAGAGACCUCUUUAUGCUGGAGUUCUGCACGGUAUCUCCAAAGAUCCUGAAACUAUGAUGGUGAAGGUGCUGGUUCUCCUUCAGGAAAAGGUUAUGGAUCCGCAGUUCAUGGUUCCUCGUGGCCUUCAGAGCGUGCUGUUUGGAGAUGCCACUCUCGAGCAGUUGGCACGCAUCAGUGCUGAUAAAACGCUAGAGUUGGCCAACGAAUUUGCACACGACAUUCUCUUGGAGCUAUGCACAGACCCUUCUCAUGGCCUUUGUCCAGAAAGUACUGAAGUUUGGGAGGCUCAGCCGGGGCAAACUGGGGCAUUUGGAGGUGGGCAGGCUAGAUUGCUUCGACUUAUGAAUCGCUUGAAAGUUACCGAGGUGGACAAACACAGGGAUCUCUUGUUGGCUACCGGGCGAGCGAGGCCGAAGUUUGCAGCAGCCUAUCUGGCUUCCAUCCCAUUAAGUCUGGAGCCUCGAGUUUCACGUGUUUGGUUCAAAGCCAUGUCUCUCGUUGCAGUGCUGAUUCCCUUAGCGAGUCAGACCUCUCCUUUCGCAUCUCUUGUUGGUCAGGGUCUCACGGCACCUCCACAUGACGGCCCCUUAAUUCGCAGCGCAAUUUUAAGCUUAUUACCUGCUUCCCUCUCCCGGCUGGCUCUCAAUAGGGGUCUUCAACAUGCUGAUAUCAUGGUUAAGCAUGCAUGCUUGCGAGUGCUAUAUGAAGCCUUGAUGGCGCUGAAACGGUUGCUCGAAUCCUUGGAUGUGGCGGCUGCUGCUGCUGCUACAUAUUCUGAGCCCAUUCGAGGACCUCCAGGAAUCAGUUGUACCGCGAUGGAGAUAAAUGUUACUGCUGAAAGAGAAAGCCGUGGAGAGCCUCAAAAGGAACAGUGGCUGAAGUUAUCACACUCCAUUCAGGAUACUAUGCGUGCAUAUCUUCCGGACCCGAAUGUUCUUUUUGGUAUAUUACCUUCUUUGAAAACUUCCCUAGUCUCAACGAAGAUUGGAGUUGCAUCCCUGUCCGAUGAAGGAGCGCAAGUAUCCGUAAAAAAGAGGAAGAGGACCGACUUAGGUACGGCAGAUGGAUCAAACGAGCAGCAAAUUGCUUUAAUCGAUAAUUACGAUUAUGAAGCAACCAUCAUCGAGCUGUGGGGAUCUGAUGCCAUAGUUGAUGCUGGCCGGAGAGAAAGUAGCGAGGUUUUGCUUCAUUCCAAAGUGGUGGAAGUGUUGGCUUCUUUUCAGACGGUGCUACCUAUUGCGUUGGCGGAUACUGGCUUUGACGCCUUCAAGCUGUUGCCAGAGAACCCUGUUGCCAUGCCUGUCGUCCAACAGAAGGCACUUACUUCUCUCCUUCUAGCUGUCACAGGGAGUUCUAGCACUUCCUCUUCAGAAAAAGCAGUUCGGUUUGUCGGAGAGUUCGCAGGUGUGGGCUCGGCUCAUAAGAGGUUAAAACCUUUGUUAUUGCUAAUGCUGAGUACAGAUUUGAAAGAUGUGAGUGAGGCUGCAUACCUCAUCAUUCACAGAAUUAUGGUCAGUACUGGAGCAUUCGGUAUGAAUCUCGGGGAGGUUAGGCUUUGGCUUGACGCUUUGGUAGGUUGGAAGUUCGACAAAUUUCAAGAACCACAGGCUACCGGAGAAAGAACGGAGCUUGAUCUUAGAAACAAUCUGACUUCCGAUACCGUACACGGAAGCCUUAUAGAUUUUCUGGCUGAAGCUGUCGGGAGUAUCAGUCAGAGUAUUUACAAAUAUCUGGAAAGGCUGCACUCUACACUAUCCACGUUGAUGCUUGAGAGUGAUGUGGGUCACACAACUUCGAUCGAUAUGGUGUCUAAAGAUGUCUAUGUGCCUGAGUUUGGGCCCUUCGUCAUUUGUUCCCUCGAGACCUGCUUCAGAUCAGCCAAGAGCAAGACUGUGCCUCAGAGGGCAGCGAUUGCAACAUAUGUGGCAAAUGCGCUUUACAUGUUACUGAAGUACCAGGUGCACCCUCAGGCCUUGGCAGCGGUUGUAAGCACAGAGCUCUCUACCGGAUUUACAACAUAUGCACAACAACUGAAGGAGACGGCAAAUCUUCAGUUGUUCGAAUGGUCUUCUCUUUAUUUUCUCCUCCAGCAAUCUGCCCAGCUUCUACCAUCCUGUGAUAUCGCACAGAUUAGUGGCUCCAGCAGACUCAACGGUGUCGAUCAAGCCCAAAACCCUGAUGAGGAGAAACUUCUGGCUGUACUCAAGGCUUGUAAGAGGCAAAAGGACGUAGCUAUAGAAACAAGACUAGAAACUGUAAGAUCUGUGCUUCUUACCACUCCUGUCAAAGAGGUGGUUGAGACUUUUCCUCUACUAAUGAGGGUUUGCGCGGAUAUUUUCAAUGGAGAUAGCUCCACGCUAGUCGCCCUUCUCGGUGUACACCAAAGCCUUCUUUCCGACGUCUCAACGGCCUGGCCUGAAUUAUUUGCGUUAGCGAUGGAGCAAGCAGGGGCUAUCAAGGACAUGGAUGGAGAAACCGUGGAUAUUAUUGAUCCGACGGCUUCAACUUUGAAGUCUGUACAUUCAAGCAAAGGGUCUGAAGCAGUUGGGCUAUGUUCCUUGUUGUUGAGGUGUCCAUUCCCAGUGCUGUUCUCAGCUGCCGUUUACGGUAAUAACGGAAUGCUGCUGAGGAAUCAUGCUUUCACCCAAAUUUUACUCAGAUCGUCUUCCAAAGUAUCCCACUCCAGUUGGUUACAUGCUGUAAGAUUGGUGGUUUCUGGAGUGAAGCAUGUAGUCGGCAUACCUACAGAAGGAGCAUCACCGUUGGAUGUUUGCUUUUCUCUCCUGUGUAGCUUAAUCUCACCUACACAUCUGAAGUCGGUCGGUGACCAUUUGACGAGUUUAGCAGGCGCAGAUGAUGGUGACACUAUGAGAGAUUAUCAAAAUAUGAUUAUUGAUCUUCUCCAUCAUCCAGCACUGUACACAUAUUUUCUAGAUUCCAAUAUCUUGUCCACAGCUUCUUGUCCGCUUGUGAGUGGUCUGAGGCGAGACAACAAAGAUGAAAAGUUAUGUGACACGAGUUUGAGACGCGUUCUAGCUUCCGCUGCUUCCAGCGUGAAUGCUUUUGACGGGCACAUUCUAGUACUGCUAACACGACUUUUGGAGUCAAUCCAAACCCUUGGUGAGAGUGCCAUUUUCCUACCUUUAGUUGACCAGGUCCGAACUCUUCAAGAUCUUGUUUUUGAAGCUUGUGGAUCCUUCGUUCGCAAGGCAGUGAGCAUUUUUCGAAAGGAAAUGGAGGAGAAUCUCAGCGUUGGCGUGGUUGCAUCACCAUCUCUGUUCGCCGUAUCUGUUCUCAUUCCAUAUGCAGAUGUACCCUCGACCGUCGAUUUCUUGUUAUCUUUACUCUUAGUAGGAAGCAAUAAGUUCAAGAAGUCGAAGCAAGCAGUUGCUCCUCAUGUUCUUGGGCUGCAUUUGGCCACUGUGUUCAUUGAUUCAUUGUCAGAGGUUAGUGGGAGACAAAGGUUUCAAACGGGUCACCCCGAGAGUUGGAAUUGUGGACAUCAGUUUGCGGAAGAGUCGGACUCGCAGCUUAUUUUUGAUUUGUUUGAAAGGGUGUUAGAGCAGGUCAUCAGUUUUCCUUCAGUGAUGGCUGACUUGUGCUUGCUUUCGUUCUUGCAAGCUCUCGAUCCAAAGUCGGCUGUCUCUAAGAGGUCGGAAGAAUUUUAUCUUAGGUUUGAUAAAACGAGGUUCGCAGAUCUGGCGCGGUGUACUCCAUUAGCGGUUCUCAGGCACUGCGUAAUGCACCCAAACAAAGUCACAGGCACCAUUGCCAAACUGUUAGUAGAAUCCAGCUCUGUGCAUUUGUCGGAGUUUGGUCGGUUGAUUGUCCAUGGGACUGCUAACAAAAAUCAGAGUAUUCUUUCCGGCCUUCGGCUCAGUUUCGCGGAUAGGAUGCUCGUCUCUUGUGAGAAAACUCAAAGUCUCGACUUGGCUUUAUCAGAUGAGGAUCUUUUCUCCCUUCUACCCGCUGUUAAGGUCUACUUUGACGUAAAAUCAGUGAAAGGAAGGGAUGAAGACAAAGAAGUUGUGACACAUAUAGCAGGGGUAUAUGGCAGGUAUCUUAGCAAACUGCUAAAGAGUUGGGACGAACUUGUGGCCAAGGAGGCCGUAGUUGAGUGGUAUGUUAGCAAUCGUUCGCCGGGUACCUUGUCUGGCGCAUACUUCCAUUCAUCUGGAAGUAUGGACGAUUAUUGUUCUUACUCCCCUCUAGGACAGGUGGUCCGUAUUCUGGAGCAUUGCCAGUCUUUCGAUCCGCGGAGUAACAAAAAGCGGGACAGAGUUUUCAAGUCUCUACUGAGUGAAGAGAAUUCGUCCUUGAUUCCGUUCAGCAUCCCAAAAUCUGCUGACGAAGACACUCGUCAGAUGGUGUGCGAGGCGGUUGCAAAGGUUCAUAUUCUGAGGCAUUUAUUGGAUUCUAGUUCGAAAGUCGAAUUUAGUGACCGUGAAGAAAGCCAGUCAAUUGUAAAGGACAAAGUAAAGUCGGUUGAUGGUGCUAAGUUGGACGGUCGGAAUGACAACAUGGCCAUUCAGAGGUUUUUAUCAUGUUUGGUUUACACUCUGGGUGCUCUUUUUAAGUCUGGUGGUAUGGACAGGAAAGAAGAGUCGGCUAGUGUUUCAUCUGUACUCCAAGCCGGCCCAAAGAGAGGCCAUUGGCUACUCUUCUUGGAACAAUUCUUGCUACUUCAAGUUAUUCAAACUGCUGAGCAACUGUUGGAGCUUUCUGUGGAUCUUAGUAGUUACAUCCCGAUGUACAGAUACUCGCUUGCCACACUCCUAGGCUAUAGAUAUGCUAUACCUUCUGCCAUGAAGGCUGCUCGAUACCUCACAAUGGUGUAUUUGGAUUGCCUGCAAGUAAAGAACGUUGAAGGGCAAACGGUAGAUGUAAAUGCACUGGAACUCCUUAUUUCUCAUUCAAGGUUUCUUCCUUCCAUGCUAGCUUGGAAUCCCAAAAGGAUGCAGAUUCCUCAUCUUUCUGGUAAGCAUGCUGGCAAAGGUACGGCUUUAAACUCCCUAACCUCAGUCCUAUUAUUGGUUGGAUCACCUCUUGUCGACCAUGUGGAAGAGGAGGGAAUUGAAUCCUCAGACGAACCUGCAGCUUCAUUAGACGUCACUGUCAAGAUGCAGCCUCAAAAUCAGCUGAAGGAUGUCAGGAGUGAUGAGGAAGAUCAGAAAAAGAUGGAAUUGGUGAAAUUGCUCAGAGUCUUCGUGGCGCUGAGACUGAAGCAAUGCAACCUUGAUAUGACAAGUUCUGAAUCCGUACCUCUUGAGCAGAUUCUGUCCGUACUACUGGCUGCAUAUGGGGGAACUAUGAGUGAGCUGGAUCAGGAGCUUUUGACGUUGAUGCACGAAAUUGAGUCACAAGGAGGACCAGGUUUUUCAGGGCUGUCAGGGCUAGAUUACCUCUGGGGUGAGGCAGCACUGAAACGGAGGAAGUCAAAGUCCGCACAAUUGUUGUCUUUGAAAAGUGGACUGGACGAGGCAGAUGGUUUGAGCGAGAUCCGCAGACAAACCUUCAAGGAAGAUCUUGUCAUCGACCCACGACGAUGUGGACUGACUGUGCUCUUUUUCCCUCCCAGGAGGCCGGUGGAUGUCCCAGGAGUUGGGCAGUUUCAGACAGCAAAGCAAUUUCUGGACGGCUGCAAGGAGGUCCGUGGUCGGGGUAUGGUUGCAGUGGAAAGAGAGCUACGUGCUGCCGCUUACGACCCCGCAUUUCUUUUACCAUUUUCUGUGCACGGUCUUUCCAUAGGCUGCAUCAGUGCUGAAGAGUUUGUAAGACUCGGUCUGCUCGCCGUUGCCUUUGCCAGCAUAAGUUCAGCCAAUGAGAGUAUGAGGAAGGCUGGAUACGAGGUUCUGGCUAAAUAUUAUACUGUACUUGAGGGCUGUCCGAGUUUCAAAGGCAGAACACAAGUCCGCCUCCUGAUGACAUACGUUAAGAAUUCAGUUGCAGACGCUUGGCAGAAACUACCUCUUGUUUUAUCUGUAUUUGCCGCAGAAGCCUCCUGCAUUCUGAUGAAUCCAGAAAAUCAUCACUACCUUACUAUAAAUCGCUUCCUGCUGCGCGCACCCAACUUGGACAUGGAGAGUAUACCAUUAUUUCAAAUAAUGUUUGGGAGUGGUUCAGUCCAAUACCGGAGUGAUCGUUUGUGGAUGCUUCGCCUCCUAGCUGCGGGAUUGGGUUCAUCGGUGGAUGCACACAUCUAUCGCCGGAAGUUUGUGCUAGAACUUUUGAUGAGUUUUCAUGAUUCAGCAAUGGCAGAUAGGUUUACUCGCAAAUGGGUGUUACAGGUCCUGUAUCAAGCAGCCAAUGUCCGCUCAUGUUCACUUUACUUGGUUGAACACACGGGCCUGCUGUCGUGGCUUGCCUCCGUAGCUGUGAACGAUUGUUUGAGUCAAUCAGGCUCGGAUGGAAAGGGGACUGAGGGUGAAUUAGCAUCUGUGUCACUGAAGGUAAUCGAAUCGAUCAUGAGCUGGGGAGUUGUGCAACGUCAUCUUCUCACGGAUGGAACGGAAGAAUUGUCCAAAGUAGCUCUUAUGUUUCACCGGUUUCUUGUGCGAAACUCGACAUCACACUAUCAAAAGAUUUUCGCGAGACCUACCAUUAAAGUGAUGAUCUCUGUCUUGCGGAUGUCGCACAGAAGGAAGAAACACCAAACCCACUUCACUCUGAAUAUUGUAGGGUUGCAGGAGGUGAUUAACUGGAUUGAAGGUGGAGCAAUGCCUUUAAAGUUUGUGGGGGAAAUGGAACUGAGGACCAGUGCUUUGGAAAUGAUCCUCCACAGUUCACCUCCGCAAGUCACAUCUAUUCAGGACAAAGUUGGCUUUUAUAAUAUCGCAAGCUGGGCAGUGCAAGUUGCGCAGCAAAGCGACUUGGAGAACUCCGUAGCCAGCAAUAUCAUGACUGUAAAGUCGUCGCAGCAGGGAAAAGCGGGGCUUCAUGAAUCUCUUACUCAAAAGUUGCUGCGCUGGUUAGCAGCUGCUUUAGUCCUCGGAGGUAUUUCAAGGGUCAGUGAAACUGCUGACAGCAACAUGAAGCUCACCACCUGUUUGUCGGUUGUCAGUGCACUGAAAAAAGUUGAAUCUCUUCACGGAGUGGUCGGUCUCCCUAUCGACAGGAAGUUAGCCAGACUUCUGUUAUCAUUGCAAGGGCAUGUUAAAUUACAGACUGAAGCUCCUUCCCUGGUUACAGUAAUUGCUGCUGUGACAACACUGACGCCGUUUACAGGGUUUUCAAUUAAAGAUGAUGAUGGAUUUCAAACAAGUGGCGAGAAAAUCAGUUCAGUUUUGGAGCUUUUGCUCACUGAGCUCCCUUGUCCCGAAGAGAUCAAUCCUUCCUGGUUAUGGUCCUUCAGUGGUCCUUGGAGUACACAUGGGAAUAGCAGCCCGGGUGAGAACGCCGCCGUGGAAGUCCGCUACGUUUCUGAAGUGUGCUCCACUAUCUUCACCUUCCUUCAACUCCUUUGGUCCAAACGACCGGCUAGUUUUGCUUCUUGUCUUAUCAAUAUGGAGGCGCGUAUUACAGAUCCUUUUAUAUUCACCACAAGGGAUGACGAUUCAUCUAGGGACAAAAUUCUUAAAAAGCUUGCGUUGUUGCAAGAAAAUUUUUGCCGUGCUUUGCAGAGAAGACCUCUCGAGGUUGAAGAGUGUAAUAAAUACCAUUAACCGGACCAGACUA